AUGAGUAUUGUGAGGCCGACGUUAACUUAUGGAUGUGAAGUAUGGCCGAUGACAGUACAAAUUGAACAAAAUCUCAGAACCUUUGAGAAUAGAAUAUUAAGAGUAAUUUGUGGACCAGUGUUUGACACCUCAACAGAUAGAUGGCGUAGAAGAAAAAACGCAGAAAUAAGGGAAAUUGCCAAAGUGCCUUAUAUAACAAGCUAUGUGAAGGAUCAGAGAAUUCAGUGGCUUGGACACGCGAUGAGAAGAGAGGAAACAAAUGAAGUAAGGGCGUCAAUUGAAUACAAACCAACUGGUAAAAAACCCAGAGGUAGACCAAAGAAACGAUGGAUGGAUGGAAUGCGCCAGGACCUAGAAAGACUGGAAGCAACAGAUUGGGAGAAAAGGAUCCAGGAUAGGGAUUAUUGGAGGUCGGUGACAGUGGCAGCCAAAACUCUUGCAGAGUUGUGA